AUGAAGGUUAUCGCUGCUUAUCUGCUGGCCGUUCUGGGUGGGAACACCAGCCCCUCCGCAGAGGACCUCAAGGAUAUCCUUGGAUCAGGUGUGCCAUCUGCUUGGCCCAAUUUUGUAUUCUUUCAUCACACCCUGGUUCGCGUCAUCAAAUAUCGAUAUUUAUUCUAAUGCUUGAUAAGCAUGUAAUUCAAUCGUUUCUCCCGGAUAACAUGAAACUAUGGGUGUAAACAGUGGGUGCUGAGGCUGAUGACGACAGAAUCGAAUUCCUCCUGUCUGAGGUGAAGGGGAAGGACAUCACCGAACUCAUUGCCUCCGGAAGGGAGAAGUUCGCUUCAGUGCCCUCUGGAGGCGGCGGCGUCGCCGUCGCUGUGGCGGCGCCCGCAGGUGGUGGUGCGGCUCCGGCUGCUGCCGAGGCCAAGAAGGAGGAGAAGGUAGAGGAGAAGGAGGAGUCAGACGAUGUAAGCCCAUGAACCCUCUCGUCAGCUGCACCAAUCACUCACUCUUAUUGAUUCCUAGAUAUCUCAUUCCUUGGGCAUUGCUUCUUGCAGGACAUGGGAUUCAGCUUGUUCGAUUGA